CGGAAGUAUGCAGAUCGCAAAAGACCAUUAUGAACGGUCAUGCGUUUCUCGAGCGCAUGUAUUUACGCCCUCGAACCAUGACGAAAGGUGGGGGAUUGUAUUUGAAGAGGCGACGCGCGAUUUCAUCCCUCAUACGCGAACCUGACUGCUCGUGCGACCAACAACCCCUGGUCAGAGAACGUGAUCGAAUCGGAAGAACUUCGAAACUUUUUGGGAACUAUACCAUCGAGGACUUCGAGCUGUACCGUUUGUGUCAAUUCGGGAGAAGAUUCGACAUGAAGACGAUAGCCUGUGUCGCUUUAUGCCUUGGUCUCGCGUUUCUCGCAGAUGCAACGCGCACGGAGCAAUCACAAAACAAGAUCCAAGAACAGUUGCUAGAUAUGCUGACCACAGACGAGAUGCUCAAGAUCAAGAGACCGUUUUGCAACGCGUUCACUGGCUGCGGAAGGAAGAGGAGCUUCCCGGGAAAUCUGCCAGCCCAGGAAUUCGAGCUCGACGGAACCGUGCGACUUCCGGUUUCCGUGUAUAAAGCGUUGCUGAGGGCCGCGUCUCAAAAUAUGAGAAUCGAUCGUGAGACGAACGAGUACCAGCUUUCGGAUGUCCCGCAGGUGUAUCUCGCUGGUAGAACACCUGUUCGCAAGAGGCUGGCGGAUCCGUUGGCUUCUUCGGAUUAAUUCGAUCGCCUAAACCCGUGCGCGGACAAUAGCGAACCUCGUCGCGCCGAGCUGCGUGAACACGGAAGAACCUUGCUUUAAUUACUCGUUCCCUCAUCUUCAUUUAUUUAUUGACAAGCUGCGUUGAGCAGAUGCGUAGAGUUUCGUGGACCAAUUCAGAUGAACCGGAGUCCAGCGGACACUUCUAUCGGGUAGCAAACAAAGAAGGACUUUGUUGACCAUUCGACCGGGUGAUUGUUCAAUUAUACCUAUGAAAACGUAACAGCAAUUCACGUAAAUACAAUUCUAUAAUAUAUGCAUAAUUUAUGAAGUGAGAAAAUUAUUCGUCGAAGCAAGAAAAGAAUUAGAAGCUUCCGUUGUCCCCGGUAGAAAUGGUUAAAUUUUACUGAUCUCUCCACCGCACCGGCUCCAAACAGUUGUGUACAAACGUAUAGAGCUCGUAGUCCAAGCGACACAAAAUAGACCGUUCGAUUUAGAGACGCGUCACAUGUACCUUCGUUGAGACCCAAUAAAAUGUGACGCUACUAUCGGUGUUAAUCGUAAA